GUAAAAAUCUCCCCAGAAAAGAUGGCUCUAAUCUCCCCCUCUACACUUUGUACUUCACUUCAGCGAAUGAUAUGUCCGAUUAACCGGCGAUAUUCUCCGAAUUUGCGUCGAGGAGCUACGACGUGUGAGUAUCGAAUUCCUGUAGAAGUGUCCAGUCCAAGAGAUAGAGGAUCCUUGGCUGUUCCUUCGCACAAGGUCACUGUACACGAUCGUCAGCGAGGAGUUGUACACGAGUUUGAGGUUCCAGAGGAUCAAUACAUAUUGCACUCAGCUGAAUCUCAGAACAUUAAUCUUCCCUUUGCUUGCAGGCAUGGUUGCUGUACUAGCUGUGCGGUACGUGUCAAAUCUGGAGACCUGAGGCAGCCACAAGCACUGGGAAUAUCAGCUGAACUCAAGUCUCAGGGAUAUGCACUUCUUUGUGUGGGUUUCCCUACAUCCGACCUGGAAGUAGAAACCCAAGAUGAAGACGAGGUCUACUGGCUACAAUUUGGAAGAUUCUUCGCUCGUGGACCAAUUGAGAGAGACGAUUACGCCCUUGAACUCGCCAUGGGAGACGAGUAGAAACAAAAAGAGACAUGCAAGGUCGCCAACUUUCUUAGUCCUGAAUCUCGUGGUGCAUCAUUUGUAAAUCUCUCUAUGAAUUAUAAAAACCUAUGGAUCUUUCAACCCAUGAACUCCAAAAACAAUUACAUAGUUUUUGUUUGACUAUCACAGUGUAAAGUGUAAUUGAACACUUGAUCACACCCAACUCGAAUACAAGUCCGUGUAUCCAUAUUGCUUCCUUAGCUGCUUUUCCAAGUGCUAUAUAUUCAGCUUCUGUAGUUCUGUAGUCGACAUCGCUACAAUAGAUUGUUGUACCGAUCUCCAACAUAUAGGUGUUCCUGCAAGAGUUGAUCUGCUAUUAUCAAGAUUUCCA